GACUCUCAAAUAAGUCUUCCCAGCAUUCAGUGUGAUUCAGUGAUUGUUGACAAGCUUUACUUCAGAAGAGGUGGCCUGCGGUUGUGUUAAGUAAACGCCUUAUCCAAUUAAUUUUGGUUAAAGUGCGUGUACAUAAAGUUGUAGUGGCCAGAAACAACUUCCAUCUGGAGAUCUGUGAAGGGUAGCCGAGAAUCAUUGGAAGAAAGUGUGAAAAUAGAAAAAUGAGUGGGAGAUCACAAAUGACGGCGAUGAAUGGAAAGAGGCCAUCCUCCAUUCCUGCUAGACUUCAGCCUGAAUCAUCAGCCCAACAUUUUGAUUUGAUUAAGUACAUUUGCGAAUCUUGGAAUUCUGUGUCCAGAGAGUUGGAUAUGUGUCACAAUCAACAGCAUGGUAACUCCUCAAAUUAUAGAAAUGGAGCAUCGGUCACAUACUAUCAAGAACGUGAGCCAAAUCCACAACUUAAAGAUUUUGAACCAUUCAAUUUGGAAGCAUGGUGGGGACAACGUGUCGUCCAAAGCAUAACUAGAAAUGCAAGCUCCUAGUGCCAGGCCCCCUGUAUCGACCACAAUCGAACAUUCUCACAUAGGCAUAAAAAGCAAAAGAGAUAAAUUCUAACUAAGCAGAGUCCGAUUUUCCCUUUAGUAUGUUCGCGACGGUUCUACGAGCCAUCUCCAAUUGAAGUUAAAGGGAUAUUUAAAAAAUGCAGACACAUACAUAUGCCGGUAUGUAAUGUUUGACGUUUGGACAUUUACAAAAAAUAGCUGAAAUCAAGAAGGAAAAUGGAAGAAUGAAGCAGGCCAAUUGCAUGAACUGUCAUAACCCAACAUUCCUUUUACACUUUUGACAUUUUAAAAAAUAUAAUUUUAUUAUUUUUCUAAAUUUUUUAAUUUUCUUCAAAGAAAAUUGGAUAUUGUAUGAAAUAUUAUCUAAAUGAAGAGCUGUCCUUGUUCAUUAUCGAAUUUUUUCGUUCAUUCUUACUUCUUUGCUUUCGCGGAAGCCUGUCAGUGAGUAUUUUCUGUGGUGUUUGAGGUACGUAAGAGAAAAUCACGUGCGAAGGAAGCAUACAAUUACUAUAGAUGAUAUAAGAUACAAGAUUAUUUAUUGUGCACAGAGUGAAUACUCAGUUCUGACGAAAUCUAGAGAACCUAAGCGAAAACAUAAUUUAUUCUGGAUUUAUUAAACCGCAUGUUAUUUUCGAUAAAUGAAGUACUUUGAUUCCAUUUGAAAAUCAUUUAUAUAUUUAAUAUAAUUCAGUGUGUUAAGUAAAUUGAGAAAGUAACGGGAGGAGUUGGUGAGAUAAAAAAUUGUUACAUAAUUUCCUGAACAUCCAUGCUUUUAUUGCAAAUAUGAAAAAAGUAUUCCGUAUAUAUUAUGUUAUGCGCGUACGCUUGCAUGCAUGAACCGCGAGUCGUAUACGUGAAGCAUUUGCACAUCCAUUAUAAGAAUAUUCCACUGACUUGUCACUUAGGGAAUUGGCGCGAUGUUACCAAUUUUUACAUUCGAUUCCACAGAGCACGAUAGUCUUAUUUGGACUUUCGACGUUCGCUUUGCAAAUGAUCUUUUUUCAAGUUUUCACGUAAAAAUUCGUAGCAGGUACAAACUAGUGCGUUUCACAAGUGUACAUUAAUAUCUAUCUGUAUAGCACUGGCGAUUAUUACUGCGAGAUUAAGUACGAUUAAUAUAUACGAUUAUGUAUAACUUGUAUAUGUGUAUAUAUGUUGUAUGCAUGUAUGUGUGUAUGUAUGCAUACAUGUAUGUACACGCAUACGUGUGAAAAUAUUAUGUAAGAUUAAUUAGAUAACGAGAUAAUGUUUCUAACAAUGAACAACAAUAAUGAGUAAUACCUUUCCAUAA